AUAUAUAUAUAUAUUAUGUACAAGAGGAAGAAGAACAGAGAAGAAACAAAAAUAUAACUAAAAUAGUGUUUGGUUUAAAUCAUAAGAGAAAAUUAAGGACGGUCACGACGUUUCUCUUCUUCUUCAUCCUCUUCCUCGUGUCUCUCUCUCUCUCUUGAUUUUUUACCGCCGGAGAUUUUUUUGUUUUUUCUUUAUUUUCUGUAAAUAUAUUCCCCGGCGGUUAUAGAGGAAAAAAAAUGAAGGGGAGAAUAUCAAAGAUAGGAAGCUAUGCAAUAUCUUCAUCCAUUAAAGACCAGCACCAGCAACCUUGUAUCUCCUGCACUACUUUCAACAUCCUCGCUCCCAUCUACAAACGUCUCUCUCCAAAGGAUCAAAGCAUCCGUGAAAGCGAUAACAGAGCGUAUUGGAUGGGGAGGAACCACAGAAUCAUUGAUUGGUUAUUGUACGAGAGGUCUUCCAUUAUAUGUUUGCAGGAGUUUUGGGUAGGCAACGAAGAGCUUGUUAGUUUAUACGAGAAGAGACUUGGAGACGCUGGUUAUCUCUGUUACAAGCUUGGCCGUACCAACAAUCGUGGUGACGGUUUGCUUACGGCUGUUCAUAAGGACUACUUUAGAGUUGUGAACUCGAGGGACUUGCUUUUCAACGAUUGUGGUGACCGAGUUGCGCAGCUUCUACAUGUAGAAUUAGUGCCUCCUUACUCUCAGUAUGAGUCGCAUCAACAAGUUUUGAUCGUCAACACUCAUUUGCUCUUUCCUCAUGAUUCAACACUCUCUAUAGUAAGAUUGCAGCAGGUUUAUAAGAUUCUUCAGUAUGUAGAAUCUUAUCAGAAAGAAGUUAAUUUAAGUCCCAUGCCUAUUAUGCUUUGCGGAGAUUGGAACGGAAGCAAGCGAGGACAUGUCUACAAGUUCCUCAGGUCACAGGGUUUUGUGUCUUCUUACGACACUGCUCAUCGUUACACAGAUUCAGAUGCUCAUAAGUGGGUAAGCCACAGGAACCACCGGGGUAACAUAUGUGCUGUGGACUUCAUAUGGCUACUAAAUCCAAAUCGGUAUAGAAAGCUUCUAAAAACAAGUUGGAGUGAGGCUGUGUUUGGUAUGUUCAGGUAUCUACUGAGAAGAGCAUCCCUGACAGCUGAAGAUGCUUUUGCCUUUUUGAAAACCGACAAUGAUGGUGACUACAUUACAUUCAUGGGCUUCUGUGAGACUCUUCGACAGCUUAAUCUAACCGGUCACUGCAAUGGGCUCACCACAAAGGAGAUCAAAGAUCUGUGGACUCAAGCUGACAUUGAUGGAAAUGGUCUUGUAGAUUACAAGGAGUUUCAGCAAAGAAUAUGGAACCAGAACUGGUCAGAACAGAGAGAAGCAGAGGACGGAGAAGCAAAAGGUAGCAAAGAACAAACCGUUGGUUUCAGCGUCAAGAACGCAGUCUUGUUUCCACCUGAAGUGGAAAAAGGAAGGUGGCCGGAAAAUUACUCUCUCUCGGAUCACGCGAGGCUAACAGUUGUAUUCUCUCCCAUAAGAAUGCCUUGCUCUCAAUUGGUUUCAUGACAAAAGUACUCAAAAACAAACAUUUAGCUUCUUCCAUUUAAAGAGACUUUUUGAGUUCUAAUGUAUCCCUUAGAGAGCAGAAUCAAAGUAUGCACAACACAAUGGUGUUCGACAUUACACACUGUACAGACAUGUAAACAAAAAAUUUGGAAGCUUUCAUGUAAAAAGAAAUGUUGUAGUAGAGAGAUUUAAGAAGCAAGCAGCUUUGCAACUC